AAUUCUCAAAAACAAAGAAAAGACGAUUUUGCCGCUGCUGUGAAGGUGGGUUCCCCUAUAAUCACCUGAGGGUGAUGAAAGACAUGCCUUUCGCUUCCAACUCCUAAACCCCACCACCAAGCUCCGGUUGAAACUACGUUUGAAAGCCCUCUGAAACCCAUCAACAGCAUCCAAUAGAUACUACAAGAUCUGCUUCUCUCCAUCUUCAUACCAAUACAUGGGAUUGCCCCAAACCUUUCUGCCUCGGAAGAGUCAGAACACUGUCGUUUUGAUGAACAAAUGAUGAAAUGUUACUCCAUUCUGAGAUUAGUACCAGUGGAUUCAGACAUGGGGGCUGGGAAUGUGGAAGCUUCUGCUGAAACGGGGUCAGUUGCAUUUGAAGAAGAUUCUGUGGUAGAACCAUGUGUCGGUAUGGAGUUUGAUUCUGAAGAUGCUGCUAAAGAAUUCUAUGAUGAAUAUGCAAGACGUGUAGGAUUUAUAAUGCGCAUUGAUCAGUGCCGUCGUUCAGAGGUUGACAAGAGAAUUCUUUCUCGUAGACUUUCAUGUAAUAAGCAGGGGUUUUAUGUUAAAAUUAGAGACCAGUAUGGCCCAGUUAGAAAACCACGACCCAGCACACGUCAAGGGUGCAAAGCAAUGAUGCUGGUAAAGCUAAAUAAGUCUGGGAAAUGGGUUGUAACAAGAUUUGUAAAGGACCAUACCCAUCCACUCGUUGUUUCUAGCCGUCCUUCUCGUAGUUCUAUGGAUAGCAAAGACCGGAGGAUUCAAGAACUGACCAUGGAGGUGGAGCAUCAGGACCAACUAUGUGAACUGUAUCGAGGGCAGCUAAUAACGUUUCUGAAAAACGUCGAGGAGCAAACUGAGGUGCUCUCGACCAAAAUUGAAGUUGCGGUAAACAGCGUGAGAAAAGUUGAGAGCGAAGGUCAGAAGCAUUCUCGUCAUCGAUAGCGCCAGUAGUCAAGAGUCAGAACUGAUGUACAAUAUUGUGACAAUUUGUAUGUAGAAACCGAUCAUUUUGGAUUUUGUUAUACUCCUAGUUAUGCCAACGGAUAUGUAUUUGGAGGACUUCUCCGAUUGUAGAAAGAUUAUCCCGUGCCAUGACUCAUGAUGUUAGAACUGUGUUCAUGGUAGAUGUGUUUUCCAGAAUUUGGAUUUAUAGGCAUUUAAAUUGGUGACAAA